AUGUUGAUUCCUAAAAGUUUUCCAUAUAAACACCAAGUACGACUCUCUUCAUACUAUGAUGCUGUUAUUGUGGGGGGUGGUAUGGUAGGAAAUGCCCUAGCGUGUGCUCUAGGAUCCUCUCCCAGUUUAGCUAAACGCAAAGUCCUAGUGUUGGAGGGUGGACAGCCAAAGGGCUUGGCUCGAAAAGCACCAAGUACAUAUAGUAAUAGAGUUUCAGCAGUUAGUCCAGCAUCUAUUGACUUGUUUAAAAGUUUUGAUAUUUGGAAACAGUUAGAGAAUUAUGGUGUAAAAAAAGUAUCUCGUCUUCAUGUACUAGAUAGUUGCUCCACAGCCGAAGUCUCGUUUGACCAGCCUGAGAGAAACAAAGAGAUUGCUUACAUAAUUGAAAAUGACGCUAUAGUUGGUGCUCUCUUCGAGAAAUUGCAAACUCUAAGUUCUGUGGAAGUUAGAACAGGUGCAUCGGUUAAGAACUGCAGAUUACCUAACGAGAAGGACAGUCAUGAGCUAGCAACAGUUGAGUUAGCAGAUGGAAAAACAAUUGAAACAUCUCUGAUAAUUGGUGCUGAUGGUUUCAAGUCGAGAGUUCGGGAAGCUAUGAAUGUAGAAUAUUCGGGUUGGAGCUAUGAACAAGCCGGUUUAGUGGCUACUCUGAAUUUAGAGGGUGCCGGAAACGACAUUGCUUGGCAGAGGUUUUCCAAACUGGGACCGAUCGCUUUGCUCCCUCUUUCAGACACAGUUUCAUCCUUAGUGUGGACAACAACACCCGAAGAGGCCAAACGUCUUAUAGCUCUUUCACCUGAUAGUUUUAUCGAUGAGCUCAAUCAUGCAUUGUUCACAGAAGAAGAUCAGAAUGCCGUAGUCAACCAAACACUUUUCUUACUUUCAAGAGCUUGCCCCUCUUCUUGGGAGAAUAGUAGAGGAGUGCCCCCUCAAAUAAUUUCCCUACAAAGUGAUACAAGAGCGGCUUUCCCUCUAGGCUUCGGUCACGCCAAAAGUUAUGUUACAACAAGAGCCGCUCUGGUUGGUGACGCAGCUCAUAGAGUUCAUCCUCUAGCUGGACAAGGCGUCAACUUGGGGUGGAGUGAUGUAACUAUUCUAGCCAAAAUUUUGGAACGAGCGCAUAAUGAAGGAGCAGAUUGGGGCUUGUUGAACUAUCUCUCUGAAUAUGAUACGAUUGCCCAACGCCAUAAUGUACCUGUAAUGGUCUCUAUUGAUUGGUUGAACAGGCUAUACAGAACCGAUAGUACACCGCUAGUAAUGCUGAGAUCCCUAGGAUUGGCAGGUUUCAAUAAGCUAACCCCAUUGAAGGAUUUGCUUGUCAAGCAACUUUCAACGCAAAGAGUAUGA